AUGGGCGCGCCCGGCUUCCUGGGCGCUCCAGGUUUCCCGGGAGCCCCAGGUUUCCCGGGAGCCCCAGGUUUCCCUGGAGCCCCAGGUUUCCCUGGAGCCCCAGGUUUCCCUGGAGCGCCAGGUUUCCCAGGAGCGACGGGCCUGCUGGGAGCCCACGGCGCGCUGGCAGCAGCCGGCCGCGGCUACGCGGCGCACGCCCCCGCCAACAUCGUGGUGGGGGCGGGCGGCUACGUGCUCGACGCCCCCGACGUGGCCGUCGCCAAGAGCGCCCACCUCGCGGCCGUGGCGGCCACCAGGGUGCGAGACGCCGCCGUCAACGCCGCCGACGCCUUCCACGCAGUUCCGUGCUGUUUUGUGCUGCUCUGCGCCAAGCGUUUGCGUAUGCCGGCCGCUGAUCAGGAGCAGACGCGGCUGGAUGUGCGGCGGCUUGCCUAA